CCGAGCCUGGACGGAGGCCUCGCGGGGUCAGCUCUGGACUCGUUGUCCCACGCAUGGCUGUGUGGGUGUUUGGGGGCCGCCUUGGCCUGCGCGGGUAUCUCGGCGCCUGCAGGCUGCUGUGUCCCCGUUUUCAGAGCCGCAGCUCUCAGGGCGAGGAAGACGGGGACAGGCUGCAGUCUUCCUCAAAGGCACCCAAGAUCCCCAGGAUUUACACCAAAACAGGAGACAAAGGGUUUUCCAGCACCUUCACAGGAGAGCGGAGACCUAAAGAUGACCAAGUAUUUGAGGCUUUGGGAACUACAGAUGAACUAAGUUCAGCUAUUGGGUUUGCCAUGGAGGUGAUCACAGAAAAAGGCCACACAUUUGCCGAAGAACUUCAGAAAAUCCAGUGCACAUUGCAGGAUGUUGGCUCUGCCCUGGCUACUCCACGAUCCUCAGCCAGGGAGGCUCACUUAAAACACACGGCCUUCGAGGAAGGGCCUGUCAUGGAGCUGGAACAGUGGAUUGACAAGUACUCCAGCCAGCUUCCCCCACUCACGGCUUUCAUUCUGCCUUCUGGAGGCAAGAGCAGCUCAGCCCUGCACUUCUGCCGGGCCGUGUGCCGACGAGCUGAGCGACGUGUAGUGCCUCUUGUCCAAAUGGGAGAAACGGAUGCAAAUGUGGCAAAGUUCUUAAACAGGUGCUGAAGUGGAGUAUGGCGGGUCUCUGAACCUCCAGGCUCAGCGAUUACCUCUUCACUCUAGCCAGAUAUGCAGCCAUGAAGGAGGGCAGCCAAGAGAAAAUAUACAAGAAGCGUGAUGUGUGAGACAUGCGGAAACGGUGAGCGAGCCUCAGAGGCCCAUCUGGAGAGACCAUGGUGUUAACAGACUGGAAGUGGGUCUGAGAGGUACAGGCUCGGGGUCACCUCACACCCCGUCUCAGACUCCUGCUGGCUUCCCCGGCCUGUGCUCGAGCACGAGACUGAGUCCUGUACUGUUGGAAGGAAAGGAAUCCUGAAGGCUACGAAGAGAAGAGCUCACUCAGCAUUGGGAAUGAGUGCAGGGAAGGUUUGAACCUCACAUUUCAGGGGAGUGUGUAUAUAAGAGAGAAAGAGAUGCUGCUGCCAACUCGGGCUUCUCAAGGAUUUGGAAUGUACCAGAGACCCCUGAAAGUUACCAGUGCCGACGGGGCUUUAAAUGUCACGUUUAUAAAGGGGAAGGCAGGCAGGCUUGAGGAGUGUAGUCACCUCUGAGCCACCCACCACUGCCACAGUGUAGGGGAACCACAGCUGCAGGUCUACUGGGGUGCGGCUUGGAGAGUCCUCUCCAUCGGGCAGAGGUGGGCAGCCCUCACUGCCAGCGCAGUGGUGGGAGUGAGGUCUCCAGGCUAGCGCUGAGCCCUCUGCUGCCGCACUGGGCUGGUGAAUGUUCCUGUGAGCCACACCACACUGUUUUAUUCCACUUGUCACCGCUGCUGCUCCUCACUAUGGAAUGACAUUGUCAGUGGCGGCCAUGCCCUUGAGAAGAGGGAUAUUUAUGAAAGGCUGAAGGCAGCCCUGGGAACUUAAGGAUUCCACGCCUGCGGAAGCACAGGUGAGGGACGCUGGACCCAGCUCAGCGCUCUCCACUGUGCACCUGCUUGGCACACCUUCCAUGCUAGGUGUGGGUGGACUGGCCUCUAGCUGCCUUCCUUGUUGGUCAGUCAGCAAGCAUUUGACUUCAGCCAAGUGCCCUCCCACCCUCCUGCUGCUGUUUCAGGUUGGCAGCUACACAUACAUCUAUCUUCUGGGUUCUUUAAAGAGUAGAUGCCUGGGAAGGAGGGAUACCUCCCCAGGAAGCAAACCCGUCCAAUGCCGCUGCAGCCACCAUAGUGAGGCACAGAUCAGAUAUGGAGUUGGUGCUGUGUGUGCAAGACCAGAAACAGAAGCACAGACUAAUGGUGCUUAAGCGUCAUGUUCCAGGCCUGGGGGGAAGUCGUGUUCCAAGAGCUUGCAGCAGCCCUGUACUCUGCCUACAGCCACGGGGUCCUCCUAAAAAGACAGGCUGAACUCAAGGAAAUCGCAGCCUUGACCCCUAGCCUGUGCCCUGAGUGCUUUCAACAGUGUUGGGUGGCUCUCAGGGUAGAUCUCAGCGUUCAGGCUCCAGGCACUGCCUCGCCUUUUGCACACCGCCCACUGUCCUCAUGGGGCGAUUCCCACUGUGCACUGGCACAGCUGCUGGGCUGUUAUUUAAAUUGUACCCAUUUAUCACCGACCUCUCUCCACUUCUGCACACCUCACUCCUUGAAAAGAUUUCAGGAAGGCUCCCUACCUUUUAAAAAAAAAAAAAAUUGUCAAUAGCCGUUUCAUUGAGAUACAAUGCCACCUACCGGAAAAUUCUUUCUAAAAUGGACAGUCCAGUGGGUUUUAUGAUAAUUGCCCAGUUUUUGCCACCUCAUAGCUCACACCUGUGAAGAUGGCUCUAGUUUGGGACAGUAUUCACCUUCCUUAGCAGAGGUGUCGUCCCCCUCCCCCCGCAGUGGUGCCUGCCAGUGCUACAGAGGGGCCCCAGGCUCGUGCUCACACUGGAGUGGGGUCACAUUUCUGCAGGAAGGGAAACUGAGGCUCAGAACUGGCCUAGUGGUCUCAUGACCCCCCCCCCAAGCCAGCAGUGCUCAGCAGUUGUUUUAGUCACAGUGGUGUCUGGCACUAAUAGAUCUGCCAUUGCGUUGCUCAGCCGAGUUUCCCCUAACUGAGGUUUCAUGGCUAUUGUUAGUGUGCAUUUCUCACUGAGUAAUUUCCUGAGUCUGAACUUGUAGCACAUCCCAGUGAUAAACGUCCCCGGUUCCGAGUCCCCUGUCAGCUGCAAUGUCACCCUUACCUCCUCCCGAGCACCUCCCGACAGCCCAUCCAGUUUUAUGAUCCCUCUGUCCCAGUGAUCAUGACUGAACCUUUAAGAAUCCAGACGCAUUUCAAGUUUAAUUGAAUAAAAUUCUUUGUAUAAUAAAUUCCGCAUGAAUGCUACAUAAA